AUUGUGAGGCGUGGGCGUAUUAGAGUCGCGAAUUUCUUGCCAACAAUUUCCAUGGGUGUUUUUAGAGGAAUGAGAUGCAAGUGAAAAUCAGCCAGGGACGCGCCAUGGGCCGGCAGCGCAAGAGCAGCGCGGUCGGCGACGCGCCGCCUCCGGCCGAAGAUGAGCCGAUGGAGGUGGAGGAGCCAGAUGAGGAGGAUGAGGAGGGUGGCAUCAGGAUCGGCGACAUCUACCUGCCACCGCCGCCACCGCCGGCCUGCACGUUCGAGAGCAAUGGGCCCCGGCUCAUCAUCACCCACAUAGAGAAUGAGAACUUCAAGAGCUAUCUGGGCAAAAAGGUCCUGGGGCCCUUUCACAAGAGCUUCACGUCCAUUGUCGGCCCCAACGGCAGCGGAAAGAGCAACGUCAUCGACUCAAUGCUCUUCGUGUUCGGCUAUCGCGCACAGAAGAUCAGAUCGAAGAAGAUUUCCGUCCUGAUUCACAAUUCAGAUAACAACGAGAAUAUUCAGAGCUGCAUGGUGGCCGUUCACUUUCAGAAAAUCAUUGACAAGGGAGACGAGGACUUCGAGGUGGUGCCGAACACGCAGCUGGUGGUGGCGCGCACCGCCUUCAAGGAUAACUCUUCCUUCUACACUGUCAAUGGCAAGCGCACCCAGUUCAAGGCUGUGGCGCGGCUGCUGCGCGCGCACGGCAUCGACCUGGACCACAACCGCUUCCUCAUUCUCCAGGGUGAGGUGGAGCAGAUCUCACUGAUGAAGCCGAAGGCGCUUACCGAGCAUGAGACGGGCAUGCUGGAGUACCUGGAGGAUAUCGUGGGCUCAUCGCGUUACAAGGAGCCGAUCGAGCUGCUCAACCAGCGGGUGGACCAGCUGAACGAGCAGCGGGCCGAGAAGCUGAACCGCGUCAAGCUGGUGGAGAAGGAAAAGGACGAGCUGGCCGGCCCCAAGGACGAGGCCCUGGCCUACAUCCGGCUGGAGAACCAGGUGGCCUGCAGCAGGAACACGCUGCUGCAGAAGCACAUCUUCGAGUGCGCCAAGAACGUGGAGAAGGCGCAGGCCAAGCGGCAGGAGAUCGAUGACGGCAUGUCCGACAUCAAGAAGCAGCUGGCCGAGCUGGCCGAGCAGCGGCAGGCGAAGGAGGGCGAGAUGAAGGAGCUGGGCAACAAACACGACGCGCUCAGUCAGGAGCAUGAGGCCAUGAACGAGAAGUUCAAGCGCCAGCAGACGGACGACAUGCAGCUGGAGGAGAACCUCAAGCUCACUAAGGCCAAGAUGAAGAAGCUGAAGACGGCGCUGAAGACCGACGCCGAAAAGCUGGCGGGCCUGGAGCGCGUGCCCGAGGAGAACCGGUCCCAGAUUGAGACGCUCACCGAGCAGAAGGGCGCGCUGGCGGCCGAGCGCCAGACAGAGGACGAGAACUUCCAGCGCGUCAUGGCCUCCAUCAAGUCGGAGACGCAGCAGUACCAGGACGAGAAGGACCAGCUGGAGGCGGAGCUCGGCGGACUCAAGGAGACGGUCAACAAGACCAAGCAGACGAUGGACGCGGCCAAGUACGAGCUGGACAUGUACGUCGGCAACGAGCAGUCGGAGCAGGCCAAGCUGGUGCAGAUGGAGACCGGCCUGGAGACGUCGCGGCAACAAGGCGCCGACAAGACUCGGGUGCUGAAGGAGCUGGAGCGGGAGAUCCCGCGCGCCGAGCAGCAGCUGGAGACGGCGCGUGCCGAGCUGCAGGAGACGGCGCAGCAGCUGGCGGCUGCCGGUGAGCAGCUGCGCGCCGGCCGCGGCCGCCUGGAGGAGGUGCGCUCGGCGCUGCAGGCCGGCCGCGGCCGCGGCGCCGUCCUCACCGCCGUUAUGGAGCAGAAGCGCAACGGCUCGCUGCCGGGGGUCUUCGGCAGACUGGGAGACCUCGGCGCCAUCGACAUGAAGUACGACGUGGCCAUCUCGACGGCGUGCGGCCCGCUGGACAACAUCGUGGUGGACUCGGUGGAGACGGCGCAGCAGUGCAUCCAGUUCCUGAAGCGCAACAACAUCGGCACGGCCACCUUCAUCGCGCUCGACAAGAUGGAGAAGUGGCGCCGCCACACGCAGACCAGCAUAGAGACGCCGGAGGGCGUGCCGCGCCUCUUCGAUCUGGUGCAGGUGCAGGACGACCGGGUGCGCACGGCCUUCUACUACGCCAUGCGUGACACACUGGUGGCCGACGACCUGACGCAGGCCACGCGCAUCGGCUACGGCCGCCAGCGGCACCGGGUCGUCACGCUGCGCGGCGACCUGAUCGAGACGUCAGGCACGAUGAGCGGCGGCGGCAAGAAGUCGCUGUGCGGCCGGAUGGGCUCGCGGGUGGUGGCGGCCGAGGUGACCCAGGCGCAGGUGGAGCAGGCCGAGGCCGACCUCGGCGGCAUCUCCCAGCGGUGCGCCGAGCUCAAGCGUAAGCACCAGCAGCUGGAGGAGGCCGUCGGGGCGCUGCGCAAGAAGCUGGACAAGAUGCGCAUGGACCAGCGGAAGCACGACAUGGACGCCCGGGCGCUGACCAGUCAGCUGGCCGUGCUGGAGGCGCAGAUCGCUGAGCAGCGCGAGAAGGUGGCGCAGGCCACCCCCGACCCGGCCGUCGUCCGCAAGAUGGAGGCCCAGCUGAAGCGCGCCACCAAAGAGUUUGCGAAGGCCGAGGCGGCGGCCGACGUCGUGGAGUCGCGCGUGAAGGCCGCCCACGACAAGAUCAUGGAGAUCUCGGGCGGCAAGGUCAAGGCGGCGCAGAAGAAGCUCGAUGACGCCACCAAGAAGCUGGAGAAGGUGAGCGGCGACAUCGUGCGGCUGGGUGUGGCCAUCAAGACGGCGGAGCGCAACGCGGCCAAGUGCCGGGACAAGAUCGCCGCCAUGGAGACGGAGCAGACCGAGGCGGAAGCCGAGAAACAGUCGCUGUGCGAGCAGCGGGAGAAGCUGGAGGAAGAGGCGGCGGUAGUCAUCAGCAAGAUCAAGGAUCUGGAGGACACGCGGAAGGAGCUAGACCAGAAGCUGUCGGCCCUGAAGGAGGAGCGUGACAAGGUGGCGGCGGACGAGGACAAGAUCAAGUCCUCCAAGAUCGAAGUCGACCAGGAGAUGGAGAAGUACGACGGCAUUAUCAAGGAGAACAAGUCGCGCGCCCAUCACUGGAAGAAGCAGCUGUCGAAGCUGGAGCUGCAGCCGGUGCCGGAGAGCGACCGCACGCCCGAGGACGUGCUGGAGCUGGCGCAGCUCUCCGAGGACGAGCUGCAGAAGCUGGACGACGAGGCCGUCAAGUACACGCUCACCAUGCAGGAGGAGGAGCUGAGCCGUCUCAAGCCCGACCUGGCCGCGCUCGCCGAGUACAGGAAAAAGGAGGAGAUCUAUCUGAGCCGGGUGGCGGAGCUGGACGAGAUCACGGCUAAGCGUGAUACGCAGCGCAAAUACUACGAUGACCUGAGGAAGCAGAGGCUCAACGAGUUCAUGGCCGGCUUCGCUAUCAUCACCUCCAAGCUGAAGGAGAUGUACCAGAUGAUCACACUGGGGGGCGACGCCGAGCUCGAGCUUGUCGACUCGCUCGACCCGUUCUCGGAGGGCAUCGUGUUCAGCGUGCGUCCGCCCAAGAAGUCGUGGAAGAACAUCACGAACCUGUCGGGCGGCGAGAAGACGCUGUCGUCGUUGGCGCUCGUGUUCGCGUUGCACUACUACAAGCCGACGCCGCUUUACGUCAUGGACGAGAUCGACGCCGCGCUCGACUUCAAGAACGUCUCCAUCGUCGGCAACUACAUCAAGGAGCGCACCAAGAAUGCCCAGUUCAUCAUCAUCUCGCUGCGGUCGCAAAUGUUUGAACUGGCCGACCGGUUGGUGGGCAUUUACAAGACGCACAACGCCACCAAGUCGGUCACCAUCAACCCGGGCCUGAUCGGCCGACCGGCUGCGGCGCCCGCCGCGCCCGUUGCCCCCGCGCCGGCCGUCGACGCCGCGCGCACCAUGCUCGCCUCGCAGCCCUGACCUGGCGUGACCUGGCCUGACAUGACGUGGCCUGGUCAUUCCUGACCGGAGGGACGGCUUCCUCGCGCCGCCGCGCCGGUGCCGUGUCGAGCGGUGUCGGGGGUCGGGCGCGGUGCUCGUCCCCCGGGCUCGUGGCGCCCCGCGGACGCAGCGGC